GUCUCAGACCAUCAACGCUGUUGUAAUGGGACGCAAAACAUGGGACAGCAUCCCACCACGGUUCAGGCCACUGAAAGAUCGUAUGAACGUUGUCAUAACCCGAGAGGUACCGCGCGGUUCGUGGACAAUGGAUCCCGAGAGGACAAUCGCUGGGUCCAUGGACGAUGCUCUCAAUGCGGUCGGCAUGACAGUCCUUGACCGGAGGGCAUUCGUUAUCGGCGGCGCACAGAUAUAUAAGGAGGCUCUUGCAAAGGCAGAAACAAAGAGGAUAUUGUUGACUCGGGUCCUGACCGAUUUCGAAUGCGAUACGUUCUUCCCCAUACAGUUGAAUGAGGACGGCAAAGCAGAAGGGUGGGAGAGGAAGACGAAGGAGGAGUUGGAUCGUUGGGUUGGAGAGACUGUCCCAGAAGGGGUGCAGGAAGAGAAUGGUACGAAGUAUGUCUUCGAGAUGUGGGAGAGGACGUGGUGAGACAAUAUUGGUACCCUAGCGGACGCAUCCUUGAAGGACGGACACUACGGGUCGAAGCUACAACCCAAUUACAUCGUCGAACAAUAAUCAUCUAGCUUACGGACUACAGCAGUACUGCCUAAGUCACAGACCAACCCGGCCGCCAACUCCCCCGCUCUAUGGUUGUUUUGAUACCCCCCUUUUUAGCCUUCUCAAAACGCG